CACAAAUAACAACAUUUUAUAGAUCUGUAAAUCUGUAUAAAACACACGUUAACAGGAUGAUUACCAUAAACAUAAACAUGUUGUCUGUUCAUUUAGAAAUUCUGUAUUAAGACUGACACAUAUAAAAAGAUGUCAUCUUCUCGAAGCAAGCUUCCACUUCCACCUAUUGAGCGAAAGCAGGAGGAAUCAAAGAAUUCUUCAGCCAAUUUUGAAAGUAUACAGUUACUGGAGCAAAGCAAUGUCACUCGGACCAGACAUACAAUAGCGGAAACUCCACAAGCUCCCCCUCCACCCAUGACUACAAAGAAAAAGAAAGGUAAAAGUAAAAAGAAAGGCAGUAGUAGUUAUGGAAUGGAAAGUGUUAAUAUAUCAGAUGAGCUGCAAGUAAAUGAUGAACUGGCAACUAAUCUACGAGGAACAUAUGAAAUGCUUGGAGAGGAUCCCAUUCAGACGAAAGAUGACAAAAGUGAUCUGUUUGCUGAAAUCAGAAACAGACAAGGUGUGCCUGUUUCUCGAGAUCAACAAAACGAAUCUCUAGGACGUCUGGGUUCGCAACAAUAUGGGGCAUCUCGGGAUCAGGAACACUAUGGCGCAUCAGUACGAUUGGCACGGUCAACAACAGUAAAAGUAGAGAGAACACAAAUUGGGUCAAUGCUUGAGCCAGAUGAUGUAUUAAGGGAUAUUAAGGCAGGCAACCUCAACAGCCUUGGGCACUUCAGAGCGAGGAGGUCAUAUCACCCAGUUGGAAUGACCUCUAGUGACAUAUUGAAAGAGAAACUAAAUGAGCAGACAUUCCCUAUACACCUUGCACAGGGGAAUAUCUUAGAGACAUCAAUCCUGAAGGAUGUGGCUCAAAUGGAUCUUAGUGGAUUAGACAACCUGACAGAUCUAUUCUUCUACAGCCUUGCCUCUCUGGAUUUGACCUCCAGUUGGACCAAAUAUAUGAACAAAAUAUCUCUAAGAGGUUGUGGGAAUAUCACUGACUAUGGUGUACAUGUAAUGACCAAACAGUUCUCAGAGCUUCAUACGUUAGUCCUGUCUGGAUGUAAGAAGGUUACAAGUGAAGGAGUGUUCUAUAUGAUGCAAAAUACGAAUAAGCUUGUCAACCUACGUCUUGUGGCCACAUCAGUCAGUGCUCUGCCACUCAUUAACAAGAGCAGUGAUGCCUACAAAAAUGUGAACAUUGAUAUUACUGGAUGCCCUAUGCUAAACAUGAAGCCACAGAAAAACUCUGAGAUGGGACAAGUACUUCAACUGGCAAAUGUUAAAGAAAGAGAGACAUAUUUUUCUUUACAGAAGCCUCAGGAAUCUUCACUGGAUGUGAAGGUUGUCUUUGUUAACAUGGAGAAAGCACCAGUCAGUAGAGCAAGUACAUAUCUACAGAAUGGCAAGAAAGACAAUCUUCAGACACCACUUCAUUAUUUUACUCACCAGAUGAAGCAGGCAAAUUGUCAUG